GCUAUCCGUCAUACCCGGAAGUGCUCUGUGAGAAGGUCGACAUAAUAAAGCAACACGACUCCGCCUGCAUACAUGGGCAGUUGAAUGUUUAGUGCUGAUUGACGAACAUAGUGAAAAAUGUCCGGAGGGUCUCAGCUGGAGAACGCUAACCCCGUCAUCUUCCAGCGGUCCGGGGAAAGGCAGCUGACGGCGGCCGACGAGGACGAAGACGUCCAUGAUCCCAUCGACGACCGGGAAAUAUUUGAUCUGAUCCGAUCCAUCAGCGACCCGGAGCAUCCUCUGUCCCUGGAGGAGCUCAACGUGGUGGAACAGGUCCGAGUCCAGGUCAACGAUGCAGAGAGCACCGUGAGCGUGGAGUUCACGCCCACCAUCCCCCACUGCAGCAUGGCUACGCUGAUCGGCCUGUCAAUCAAAGUCAAGCUCCUGCGCUCUCUUCCCAACAGGUUCAAGAUUGACGUCCACAUCACUCCAGGAACCCACGCCUCAGAGGCUGCAGUGAACAAGCAGCUGGCAGACAAGGAGAGAGUGGCUGCUGCUCUGGAGAACUCCUCUCUGCUGGAGGUGGUCAACCAGUGUCUGACCACCAGGAGCGUCUGAUCGCUCCCAAACCCCCCCCCCCCCCCCCCCCCCCCCCCCCCCUCAGCGCUGACUCUUCACUGAGCCCCCUCUGUGUUUAACCAGCCGACAAAGACCUCCAGCUUGAUUAUUUUACAGUACAGCAGCAGAGGUCCGUCCAGAUCAAGCAAGUUUUGAAAAGAAAAAAUCAGAAAAUGGAGGGAAAAUAUAUAAUUUCCUCAAUGUUCUCAUUUUGUUUUUUUAGUGGCAGAUAAUUCUGCAGCAUCGUUGGUUACAUGUAAAUAUUUCUGCUUUGAAAAUAAAGAUUUCACAUUUUAAAAACA